UUCAUCAUCUUCCACACUGAAACACAGUACUUCCCCGGUCUCAUUCAGCCGUGAGACGGACUCCCACUUCUGCGCAUGCGCUCUUUAUUGGGGCACACGUCUGCCUCCACGGCACACGAACUCACCAGUUAAAUUUGACACCCGCGGAAGAUCCGAAGUGAUGUUUUCAAACAAGCCAGAAUCGCCAGCCGCUCGAAUCCGACUAUGCUUCGCUGUUCCUCGCGCUGAGGCUGAAAAUUGCGAUCUCUUUAUAAAGUGGGUAGCGACGAAGCUGAGCAUCGAUACAGCUAUACACAUGGAUACAUUGUCUGGUGGCAGUAGCGCGGGCGGCUCCAACAGUUCGUGUCAUGAAAAGCAUUGAUAAAGUUGUCAGUGUGUUAUCUAAGUUUUCGUUACUAUGGGCGUCUUGGGGGUAGAGUGCAUCGCCAUCCUGGUCCUCGUGUUUGUGUUCAGUUUGCACCUUGAGCAGAGCGGGGGCCGAGUGAUUAUGAAACAGCUGAGUUCACGUGUAAUUAACACCAGGUAUGGAAAAGUUCGAGGAAUUCUUGUCGAGUUUCCUAACCGGUAUCUUCGGCCGGUCGAGGCAUAUUUGGGCCUCCGUUAUGCUGAUCUUGACCAAGGAAAUAUGCGAUUUAUGCCUCCAAAAAACCCUGUUGAAAAGUGGACUGGAAUACGAGUUGCUGUUAAAAACCAACCCGUCUGUCCACAAGUCACACACCACGAACGGGAUUUAAGUCUGAGCUUGCCCGAGGGACGGGUGGCCCACCUAAGAAACAUCACCCCGUUCUUAAGCGAACAGGGGGAGGAUUGUCUUACGUUGAAUCUAUACGUUCCCACCAAGGAAUGGAACGACACAGACCCCAUGCCAGUGAUGGUGUUCGUCCAUGGAGAGUCAUAUGAAACCGGAACCGGAAAUGCGUACGACGGAAGUGUUUUAUCAAGUUAUGGUGACGUCAUAGUCGUCACCCUCAAUUACAGACUGGGCGUUCUUGGUUUCUUGACGACAGGAAACCAGGCUGCAAUGGGGAACUACGCCCUUCUGGACAUCACACAGGCUUUGCACUGGCUUCGGGAAAACAUCGCCAGUUUUACUGGUGAUCCUCAGCGGGUGACAUUGUUUGGUCACGGCCAUGGGGCCGCUCUCGUCAACCUGCUGAUGUUGUCGCCAUUUGCGUCAGAGGGUCGUGGUCCGUUCUUCCAAAGAGCCAUCAUUCAAAGUGGCUCUGCAUUGAGCACCUGGGCCGUGUCCUACGACCCUGUUUGGUGCACCCAAAAACUUGCCAUCAAUGUCAACUGUAGUCGGUUCAUCGGCGAUUCUCAAAAGCUCAUCAAAUGCCUAAGGGAACGUACGUACGAGGAACUUGUAAAUGCUGUUCCCAAGGCACCGAAGUAUUAUUCGUGUUUUGCUCCAUCUGUGGAUGGGUGGUCGGUGCUUCCAAAGAAGGUGAUGGAGAUGAUUAAUGAGAAGAAGAUGAAAUUCGCUUCAGCCAAGGUGAUGUUUGGCAUUACCAAGAACGAAGCGUACUCCUACCUAAAACAACAAGAGAUCAAAAAGGGGAUAUCCGAAUUCCGAAAAACGCAAAUAAUCAGGACUUAUGUCCAAAAUGUGUUCCGAUACCACAGACAGAAAAUAUUUGAGAUUCUCGAUCACCAUUAUACAGACUGGAACCGGAUAUCAGACAAACUCUCCAAGAGAAACAAUAUUAUGGAUCUGCUAAGUGACGGGCAAUAUGUUGCACCAUUGAUGGAAACGGCUCAGAAACAUGCCGAAACAGCAGACACUUAUCUAUAUGCAUUUACGUACUCUACCCAGUCAGAGAAUUCGCAGGAUGUACAUGGUAUCCAUGGUGAUGAACUGCCAUAUGUUUUUGGUGCUCCUAUUGUUGAUGGAUUGUCUCCCUUUCCCUCCACUUACACCAGCGCAGAGAAGAUGCUGAGUGAGGCUGUUAUGACGUAUUGGACGAAUUUUGCCAAAACAGGCAAUCCAAAUGAGCCACGCAACCAGACAUCCGUUCACGGCGGUCGUGUACGUAACCGUUUCGUAAACAUCGAUUGGCCAAAAUUUGAGCUUGGUGAUCAAAAUUACCUCCAAAUAGGUGGGUUCGACAUUAACGAAGGAAGCGACCCGGCGCGUCGCCCCACAGUUCGGCAUCAUUAUCGAGCUCAGAAGUUAGCUCUGUGGCUUGAUCUAAUACCGAAGAUCAACAAACCAACAAAGACCGGCACAGAUCCAACUCAACACCUUCUGAAGGACUCCAACAACAUGUCUACUUUUGACGAAUUUCCGCGAUUGGUCCCACCAUUUAAUAAGGUGUUCCCCUCUCCACCACCAAUGCCGCCAAUCUCGCCAACAUGGGGACCGCCCAACGAUGGCACAUGGUCUACUACUAGUUAUUACAAUGGAUACACAGAUGAGGAUCCAGAUAACAUUCACACAAGAGUACGACAUGGUUCCACUGAGUCUGUCACAGUGCUUCACAGCACUCCUGAUGGCGUUACUGCUGUUCCUGCCUCAGCUGGGCAGCCAGAUCCUUCUCACAGCUCCGUCCCUUUGAGCAUAACCGUUGCGGUUGGGUGUUCACUUUUGUUUCUUAACAUUCUGAUAUUCGCUGGAGUGUUUUAUCAGAGAGAGCGAAUAAAAAAAUUAAAAAGGAAGCAAGAGGAGGAAGAGGAGGAACAGGAGGAUGUUAAGCUGGCCCGAAAAUUAGAAAAGACUGUGCGAAAUGCCACAGGUCCUGAGACUGUAAGUCUCAUGUCAAAUCCUUCUAAUCAUCAAUCUCCUGCCAAAAAUGCUCAUCCACAACCGAGCCCACAAAAUAACCAGAAACCAGCAAUAGCAACAAAGCCACCACAGCCCCCAGGAUCGGGCUACACCUACACAGCCAUACCCACACAGUCGACAUCACCUAUGCACCGCAAUGCCAUGCCGCACGGCCACCCUAUACCAAUGAACACCUUCGGCAAAGGAAAGACUCCAGACCACCUGCAACGGUCUGAAAAUGAUGGCCACAUUUAUAAAAAGAUAAAUAAACCAAAUUCGAGGGAUAUGAAUGAUUCAAACAAUGCCAUUACUAUAGUUUAGUGAUCGUGUAGAUAGAGAAAUAUGAAGCAAUUGACUGGACAGGUGUCAAGAAACACAGGCUUAUGGCUGGCCUGAAGUGUGACUGACAAGAAUGAAUGGGCAUCGUAUGUGUCAGCCAGUGGAAUUGUUUUCAGAUUAUGCGUCAAGGACAAUGCCUGUACAGUGUGUGGCUGGUCCGAUGGUUUGUAGGAACAGGUGCUAAUUUCAAUAACGAGGCGAGAUCAUGCAAAUUCGUGUGACAAUCACAAAAAAAGAACAAGACAUCAUUAAUUUCAUUAUGACCCGAAAAACCCAAACCGUUCCCCAUCCUACAGCAUCAGGCAUUUAUACGAAACAUCAUGGAGGGCAACCUAUAAUAUUUACUCGAGUACACAGGUUCCCGAUAGUUUUACGUGCCAUGGGGGGUUUGGUUUUCAUCCAAUCGUUGUGCUACCGAUUCCUUACCAUUACCUACAAACCAUCAGAAUUAUCAAUAUACAAGCUAUCACGUUCUGUUCAGAUUCGUUUGACUUUGCAUUCCCAUAGGCACAAAAUAUCGUGGUAAUUGGUAUUCACACAGUAAAAUAUGAUAAUUGGUAUUUACACAGUAAAAUAUGAUAAUUGGUCUUUUCACUGUAAAAUAUCAUGAUAAUUGGUAUUUACACAGUAAACUAUGAUGAUAAUUGGUAUUUACACAGUAAAAUGUCAGGAUAAUUGGUAUAUACACAGUAAAAUAAGAUAACUGGUAUUUACACAGUAAAAUAUCAUGAUCAUUGGUAUUUACACUGUAAAAUAUGAUCAUUGGUAUUUACACAAUAAAAUGUCAGCAUAAUUGGUCUAUACACUGUCAAAUAUCACGAUAAUUGGUAUUUACACAGUAAAAUAUGAAACUUGGUAUUUACACAGUAAAAUAUGAUAAUUGGUAUAUACACUGUCAAAUAUCAUGAUAAUUGGUAUUUACACUGUCAAAUGUCAUGAUAAUUGGUAUUUACACUGUAAAAUAUGAUAAUUGGUAUUUACACUGUAAAAAUCAUGAUAAUUGGUAUUUACGCAGUAAAAUAUGAUAAUUGGUAUUUACACAGUAACGUAUCAUGAUAAUUGUAUUUACACAGUAAAAUAUCGUGAUCCAAUAGGUAUUAACACUGUAAAAAUCAUGAUAAUUGGUUAUUACGCAGUAAAAUAUCAUGAUAUUUGGUAUUUACACUGUAAAAAUCAUGGUAAUUUGUAUUCACGCAGUAAAUGCCAUGAUAAUUGGUAUUUACACAGUAAAAUAUCAUGAUACUUGGUAUUUACACUCUAAAAAUCAUGAUAAUUGGUAUUUACACUGUAAAAAUCAUGAUAAUUGGUAUUUACGCAGUAAAAUAUCAUGGUAAUUGGUAUUUACACAGUAAAAUAUCAUGAUAAUUGGUAUUUACACAGUAACAUAUCAUGAUAAUUGGUAUUUACACAGUAAAAUAUCAAAUGAAGGUUGCAAUAAUUACAUCAACCAACAUAUUUCAACACGGAUAAACAUUUUGGAACGUGCUGCUUGUUACAUAUUUGUAUACAUUUCUAUUCCUGUUUUAUUAUGAAUAAGAAUGCGAAACGUUAUCGCCAGAACAUAUCGCAGCAAUGCUUUUAAAUUAUCUUUCGAUAGCAUUAAUUUCUUCCACGCCAUGGUGUAGAUAUAACUAUAUUCUAUUAUUAAUAUUGUAUAGCUUUCAAUGUAUCAAAACAGAGAUAUUUGGUUCAUGAAAUCAUGACACCACAUUGCUUACUUAAUAAAUGAGACGAUGAUAAUGUGAUAUUUGUAAAGCCGUUUUACGAUUUCGUUUUAUGUUUGAUGAAGUAUUUUACUGCCACCCAACAAUGGAAAGCAAUAUUGACCGUUGAUGUCCACUUGGUUUGAUUCAGUACACAACCUUUACUUUGUGUUUGGGAUGUAUAGUAUAAUAGAAGUAGCAUUACCAAAACUUGUCAAACAAAUUAUCGACCUGCAUUCAGUGAUAAUGAGAGUUUGUGCACAAGCGAUUCACAAAGGUUCAUUUGACAAGACACACAUUAUCAAAUGUACAGGUUAAUGAACCCAUGUGAGUAUUGUGAUCGAUAAAGACAAUAUAGUGGAAAUAGUUCAUUCCAUUCCCACAACUAAUGUAUCAUAUCUAAUGCAUUAGAAACCCGGGUGUAUUUCAAAUAAUGUAUUUUGCAGGGAUCGUUGCUUGUCCACGGGAUUGAUAAUGCACAUGGUGACUUAUUCAAAUGGAUCUUUAGUGGUUUUUAGAACUAGUCAUUAUCAUUAAAUUUCAGUACCUAUGAUUAAUGUCUUCCCAUUUUUGUGAAAUAUAUUUUAAUGUUAAGCGAAUAAGUGUGGUACAUUUGUCAUGAGCAAGAGCGGUUGAUCAGUGUGAGUGACUGUGCUCAGUAAAUCUGCUACGUGUGCAGCGACAUUUUUUAUGUUGAUAUCUCCUUGAAGCUGUGAAGACGAACAAAACAGUCCCUAGGCAUAUGGAUAUAAUGCGAUUUCUUACAUAUCGAUCACUGAUGACGUAAUGCCGAGACUGUUCUAUACAGGAAGAACAUGGACUAGAGAGACGAAAUUGACCAGAUGUCUAGAUGUCAACUUGUGAUAUUGACAACUGCUAAAGUGUGCAUUGCUCAGGAUGAGUGUUAUCAAAAGGGCUGAUAUUGACAAUGAAUGAGACCAGAGGAUGAUCCAAACUUGUGCCUUCAUGUACAAAACACAUUGAGAAGUAUCAUCGUUACUCUUUAAGAACUUAUAUAGUGUGAGAUGACUCCUCUUGCCACAGCACGACCUCGUAUAUCGUAUAUGUUCACAAUGAAAUUGAAAGGUGAUACAUUUGUCAUAUUCUAUUUCACGUGUAAAAUAGCAUCAAUUGUUUGAUAUCCCCAUCUAUUUCAAAAUGAAAUUAAGAAAUUAUUUCGAUUAACAUCGAACAUGUCGAAAAGGUGUUUUCGUGUGCGAUAGACACACACGGUACCUACCAUUCAUGUUCAUGUACUGUAUUCCGAAUGAUUAUGACAUGUGGAUCUCGUACGGACUUUAAUGAAACAUUCUUUUUAUAUCUCACACAUGUUCUCUGUCAAACAUUAACAUACCACAGCAUAGCUCAGACCUCCCUUCUCCAGUUUUGUUAGGCAUUUCUACCAAGUACUGCAAAGGCUUUCCAGUUUAUGUGUGCUACCAUAGCAAGUAACGUUGCCCCAUAUAUUCAUUGACCAUUUAAUGUCAGACUUUUUUUUAUUAAGCACUUCUUUGAAAACUUUGAAUUCAUGUUCGCGUUGUCAUACAAUGUUACAUUACAAAAUGUUCAAAACGGAUGGCAACUUGACGUAUUCUGUUUGAUAUUGAUCACACUGAAAUGAAAUGUACAAAAUCAGGGAGGUUGUUGCAUGUAUUGUUACGCGUGUUUGUUAUUGUUGAUAUGUACAUAGACUGUGGUGUUAGCAUUCACGUUUCUCCCUCGUUUACCUGCUCAAAUGUAUAUUAAGCCAUUUUUCCUCACCUACAUAUUAUGUUUCGUCUAUAUGAAGUCGGUACGAGGAAGGGAAGAUAUAUGCUUCUCUACAUUUCUAUACAUUGUGUGGUUCUCUCUUCACUGUUUUAGAUGAAUUUUAUCAAUGUUUCGCUUAGUCGUUUUUUAGAUAUAUAAUUCCCGCAUGUCAUUCUUAAUAUAUUUUUUUUAUUUAUUUAUUUAUUUGUUUAUUGAGUAAAUAUUAUUUAUCACCCGUAACGCACAAUUUUUUGGGAUAAUAUUUAUUAUCAUAUGGUAUUCUUCUUUUAUGUUUACAUUUCAUUUUGUCGCUUGUUUUAUAAAUAUUUUGUUUUAGUGAGUGGCGUCGUUUUGUUAUUGGCAAAAGUAAUAUAUUGCAGGUGCUCAAUAUUAAUGUUCCUUUUUUUGGCAAGUAUGUCUUGUAUUUAUUUGUAUUAACCAAACAUUUCAUUUAAUUCCUUUUCCAUUUUGCUGAUAAAAUAUUCGAUGAAAUAAUGUUAGAAAAAUCACCGAUGGGUUAUGUAAACGUCAGUAUCUCCGGAUGUGGUUCUCAAGAUGUUUUAUUAAUUUUUGUGAUUGCCCAUCGACUAUGGAAAUGCUACAAGGAUACUGAAUUUGUAAAGACUGUGGUUUCCGUUUUCAUAUCAUCAUUUGCUAUGGGUGGGUAGUUGAUGUAGAGUUUAUGACUGAAGAUUUACGACUAUGAUUCAGUGAAGCAUUUCUUAUAAAUCCUUGUCACCCCAGUAAAUAAAAUGGCAUAUUGGAUAUAGUUCAAUGACUAUGAGAAUGAAGUAGUGUUUUUUUCCGCCAAGUGGUUUGGCAUUAGAAAAAAGCUAAUAUUCUGUAUAUUUUGUAUGAUUUGAAUUUCCAUGAGUGUGUCUGUUCGCUGUUUUCAUAGUGCGUGAACGUCACUAGAACUACUUUGAAAAUGUACUUAGCAUGUCCGACAUUAGAAAUCCACCACCGAUGUAAAUAUUGACUGUAAAAUAUCAUUAAGUAAUAUAAUGGAAAUAAAAAGAAAAUUAUAGAUUUCGA